CCGAUUCACUUAAAGGAGUCGUUUGAGAAGAAAGCAACGAUUCGUUCGCGAGUCAUCCAUCACUAACGGCAGCAUGGUGCGAUCCGCCGGCGACUUCUGGAGUACAUCUAGUUAUUUAUCUAUAAUAUUUAACCAUUCGAGGAUUAAUCUCUUAACUUGUUCGGAUUAAGUUUUCCGGAUGAGGAGUUAUGAGCCAUGGAAGAACUAAUGAAAUGGAUUUGGUUUGGGAUACUUCUUCGCGUCCCGUUGUAUGGAUGCUUUGAGCUACACAUUUCGGAGUCCCUUCAGCCUGGAGUCGCGCUGGUAAACGCCUCUCUCGGACCGGGAUGGACUUACAGAGUAGACAGGAGUUUAACGCCUCACUCACUCGGACACUGUGUGCAGGUUGGGAGAGGGGACGGAGUUGUGACUCUCACCCGUAAACUUCACUGUUCACUCUUUGCGAGACGUGCAGUCCCGCUGUUCUUAAGGGUCACAUCACUGACGUCGGAAAACUUUGUGUUGAUUCAUUUCAACACGUUUGUUCACGGUCAGAACUGCUUUAUUAAAUACAGAAGGAAAGGUCCGAAGCGUAAACCGGACGCAUAUAUUUAUCUACAUUCUGGAAAUGGGGAGUGCUUCAGCUCGGGCACAUUGCCCACAAUUCUGCAUGAACAUUUACCCAAGUUUACGCGAGACUCGCAAACGCUUCGAGCUUCUUGCGAGGAGAAAGACAGAGAGAACACAAACACUGGGCAUAUAAACUUUACCACUGAGCGCUGCCUGCCUCAUGAUGCCAGGUUUCUCUGCACCGUGCCCAGUUCACGGGAAAGUGUGUUAGUUUUGGGAGUAACAUUGCAGUUUGGCAUGCAGGGGCGUCACACUGUGGGAAACAGUGGAACUGACUACCCAAGACCCCAAGGUGGAGGGGGCUCUAAAGGGGCCUGGGCUGAAAAAAUAACAUUUUCAAGAGAUGGCAGGAAGGUCCACAAAGAAUACAUUAGCACUGGGUACAGAACUUUAUUGAACACGCCUGUUGACACCACCUAUGCUCUGGGUUUGUUUGAGAAUGGCGAGCGUUGGUUGCAGGACACAUGGGCUAGACGUAAAAAACGAAACACCAACUCAGCUCCGCAGUUUCAGCUGCCCAAUUACCAGGUUUCCAUACCUGAGAAUGAGCCGCCUGGAACCCGAGUAAUUACGCUUAAAGCCUUUGACUCUGAUGACGGAGAUGCAGGAGUACUUGAAUAUGACAUGGAAGCUCUGUUUGACAGCAGAUCUAACGAUUACUUUCAGAUCAAUCCAGAGACAGGUGGCAUUACAACUCUGCAGUCUUUAGACAGGGAAGUUAAAGACACCCAUGUGUUUAAAGUCAUGGCAACCGACAAGGGGAGCCCAAAGAGGUCAGCAACAGCUUAUCUGACAAUCACGGUCAGUGACACAAAUGACCACAGGCCAGUGUUCGAGCAGACUGAGUAUAGGGUCAGCAUCCGAGAAAAUGUAGAGGUGGGUUUUGAAGUGAUGACGAUCCGAGCCACCGAUGGAGAUGCUCCCUCCAAUGCCAACAUGAUAUACAAGAUUGUGAAUGAGGCUAAUGUGAACAAGGUCUUUGAAAUUGAUCCAAGGAAUGGUUUGGUAAAAACCAAGAUUCGUCCGGACAGAGAGAUCCGCUCACACUAUCAGCUUAUAGUGGAGGCCAAUGACCAAGGUAGAGAUCCUGGGCCACGCAGUGCUACGGCCACUGUACAUAUCACUGUGGAGGAUGAGAACGAUAACUUCCCUCAGUUCAGUGAGAAAAGAUAUGUUGUCCAAGUUCUCGAGAAUGUGGCUGUCAACUCCGAAGUAGCUCGGGUCAAGGCCACAGACAAAGAUGCUGGAAAUAAUGCUAAAGUGCAUUACAGCAUAAUCAGUGGGAAUGUAAAGGGACAGUUCUACAUUCAUUCCCCAACAGGUAUCAUUGAUGUCAUUAACUCUCUUGAUUAUGAGAUGAUAAGGGAGUAUAAUUUGCGGAUAAAAGCUCAGGAUGGUGGUCGGCCACCUCUCAUUAACAGCACAGGUAUGGUUGUUGUGCAGGUCGUGGAUGUGAAUGAUAAUGCUCCGAUGUUUGUCAGCACACCUUUUCAAGCUUCAGUGCUGGAGAACGUUCCCAUUGGUUACUCUGUGAUACACAUUCAAGCUAUCGAUGCAGAUUCGGGGAAUAAUGCUCAUUUGGAGUACCUACUCACAGACACAUCACCUAGCUUUCCCUUUAUCAUCAACAACAGUACAGGGUGGAUUACAGUCAGUAUGGAGCUGGACAGAGAGACCACCGAGUUUUAUACUUUUGGUGUGGAGGCAAGGGAUCAUGGAGUUCCUGUGAUGUCAUCCUCAGCCAGUGUGAGUGUAACAGUGUUGGACGUGAAUGACAAUGUUCCUACCUUCACACAGAAAUUGUAUAAUCUGAAGAUUAAUGAGGAUGCUCCAGUGGGGGCCAGUGUGCUCACAGUCACAGCCAUUGACAGGGAUGUGAACAGUGUGGUAACCUACCAGAUAUCUAGUGGGAACACGCGGAAUAGGUUUGCCAUCACCAGUCAGAGCGGUGGUGGGCUUAUUACUUUAGCCUUGCCGCUGGACUACAAACAGGAACGGCAGUAUAUUCUCAUCGUAAUGGCUUCAGAUGGUACACGCUUUGACACGGCACAGAUUUUCAUCAAUGUUACCGAUGCCAACACUCAUCGGCCUGUGUUUCAGAGUGCCAACUACCAAGUGUUACUGAGUGAGGAUAGGCCUGUGGGUUCCACUGUUGUGGUCAUCAGUGCUACAGAUGAAGACACUGGUGAGAAUGCACGCAUUACUUAUGUGAUGGAGGACAACGUGCCUCAGUUUAAAAUUGACCCUGAUACUGGUGCCAUUACAACUCAAAUCGAGAUUGACUAUGAAGAUCAAGCCUCGUACACACUGGCCAUCAUCGCUCGAGACAAUGGCAUUCCCCAGAAGUCUGACACCACCUAUGUAGAGAUCAUAGUGCUUGAUGCCAAUGACAAUGCACCCCAGUUUCUGAGUGCUAUCUACCAAGGCACUGUGUUUGAGGAUGCACCUGUGUACACAAGUGUACUUCAAGUCUCUGCAUCAGACAGAGAUUCAGGCUCAAAUGGCAGGGUGAGCUAUACAUUUCAGGGAGGGGAUGAUGGUGAUGGUGAUUUCUUUAUUGAGCCGUACUCAGGGAUAAUCAGAACAGCCAGGAAAUUGGACAGGGAAAAUGUAGCCACCUACAACCUCAAGGCUUUUGCAGUGGACAAAGGAGUCCCCCCUCUGAAAGCAGCAGUGGAUAUCCAAGUCUCAGUGCUAGACAUUAAUGACAAUGCUCCUGUGUUUAAAAAGGAUGAGUUAUAUAUCUAUGUGGAGGAGAACAGCUCUGUGGGUUCCACUCUGGCACGUGUCAGCGCCACAGAUCCCGAUGAGGGAACAAAUGCUCAAAUCCUAUAUCAGAUUGUCGAGGGUAAUGUUCCUGAAAUCUUCCAGCUGGACAUCUUUAAUGGGGAUCUAAUUGCUCUCACUGAUCUGGACUAUGAGACCAAGAUGGAGUACCUGAUUGUAGUUCAGGCCACAUCAGCCCCACUGGUCAGCAGGGCCAUUGUACACAUUUGCCUUGUGGAUGUUAAUGACAACUAUCCCAUUCUGCAGGAUUUUGAGAUCAUAUUUAACAACUACAUCACUAAUAAAUCCAAUAGCUUCCCUGCAGGUGUCAUUGGGAAGGUUCCUGCACAUGACCCAGACGUGUCUGAUAAGCUCCUCUUCAUUUUUGUAGAGGGGAAUGAGCUCAAUUUGCUGAUUCUAAACCAGGACACAGGAGAGCUAAAGCUGAGCAAAGACUUGGACAACAACAGACCCCUGGAGGCCACUAUGAGAGUGACUGUGUCAGAUGGUCUCCACCAUGUCUCUGCUCUUUGCACUCUCCGCGUUGCCAUCAUCACAGAUGACAUGUUGACGAAUAGUAUCACCGUGCGACUGGAGAACAUGUCCCAGGAGCGCUUCCUCUCAUCGCUGCUCAGCCUAUUCGCAGAGAGCGUAGCUGCUGUACUGUCCACCAGCCGCAAUGGCGUGUUCAUCUUCAACGUACAGAAUGACACGGAUGUGGACACGAGGGUCCUCAAUGUUACCUUCUCAGCCCUGCUGCCAGGUGGCACUCCUGGUCGCUUCUACCCCACUGAGGAGCUCCAGGAGCAGCUGUACUUGAACCGCACGCUGCUGACGCUCAUUUCUUCACAACACGUCCUCCCCUUCGAUGACAACAUCUGCCUGCGUGAGCCCUGUCAGAAUUACAUGAAGUGUGUGUCAGUGCUGAAGUUUGACAGUUCAGCUCCCUUUGUGGCUUCCAGCACGGUACUCUUCAGGCCCAUCCACCCUGUAAACGGCCUGCGCUGCCGCUGUCCAGAUGGUUUUACUGGAGAUUACUGCGAGACAGAGAUAGACCUGUGCUACUCUGCACCGUGCAAAAACAACGGGAGGUGCCAUAGCCGCGAAGGGGGAUACACCUGCGAGUGCCUUGAGGAUUUUACAGGUGAGAACUGCGAGGUGAGCUCUCGAUCAGGCCGCUGUGUAUCGGGUGUGUGUAAGAAUGGAGGUCGCUGUGUGGACCUGCUGGUUGGGGGGUUUAUGUGCCAGUGUCCUGAAGGAGAAUUUGAGAAGCCCUACUGUCAGAUGAGCACACGCAGCUUUCCUGGGAACGCAUUCGUCACCUUCAGGGGCCUGAGGCAGAGGUUUCACUUCACACUAUCCUUCAUGUUUGCCACUAGAGAGAGAAAUGCACUGUUACUCUAUAAUGGAAGGUUUAAUGAAAAGCAUGACUUUAUUGCUGUGGAGAUUGUAAACGAGCAAAUCCAACUCACUUUCUCUGCUGGAGAGAGUAAGACCACGGUGGCGCCGUUCGUACCUGCUGGAGUGAGCGAUGGUCAGUGGCACACAGUGUGGCUGCAUUACUACAACAAGCCUAACAUUGGACGCACUGGCCUCCCUCAUGGUCCUUCUGAGGAGAAAGUUGCCGUGGUUGCUGUGGACGAUUGCGAUGUGGCCAUGGCCGUACGCUUCGGUGGUCAGAUCGGAAACUACACAUGUGCAGCCCAGGGCACCCAGACAGGCCAGAAGAAGUCUCUGGAUCUCACAGGCCCUUUGCUCCUGGGUGGAGUUCCUGACCUCCCUGAGGAUUUCCCAGUAAGAAACCGAGAUUUUGUGGGCUGCAUACGGAACCUCACGAUCGACAGCCAAACCACUGACAUGGCCAGCUUCGUUGCUAACAACGGCACUGCUGCAGGUUGUCUGGCAAAGAGUAAUUUCUGCAGCAGCAGUGUGUGUCACAACGGAGGGCUGUGUGUGAACAAGUGGAACACAUGCUCCUGUAAAUGUCCGCUGGGUUAUGGAGGAAAGAACUGUGAGCAAGUGAUGCUCUCACCGCAGCGAUUUAAUGGUCAUGCCCUGGCUUCAUGGAGUGACCCUGACAUCACUAUAACGAUCCCGUGGUACAUCGGCCUGAUGUUUCGUACCCGUAAAAGUGCUGGUACUCUGCUCCAGGCCAGUGCUGGGGAGCUGUCUAAAUUCAGCUUACUGGUCAGUAACAUGCACGUGCGUUUCCAGGUGUUCGUAGGCGCACGGCGUGUGGCUCUGCUGGAUUUUCCACAGGUACGGGUCAGUGAUGGUGAGUGGCAUCACAUCCUGGUGGAGCUGAAGAGUGGAAAAGAUGGAAAGGACAUUAAGUACAUGGCCCUGGUCUCUCUGGACUACGGAAUGUUCCAGAGGACAGUGGAAAUUGGAAAUGAGUUACCAGGACUGAAGCUGAAGAGUCUGUAUGUUGGAGGCUUGAUGAAAAAUGACGGCUCUGUGCUAAAUGGCUUUACUGGCUGCAUGCAGGGCGUACGGAUGGGAGAGACCUCCACCAACACGGGGAACAUUAACAUGCAUCAGGCUCUGAGGGUGAAGGUGAAGGACGGAUGUGACGUACCUGACGCGUGUAUGUCCAGUGUGUGUCCCACACACAGCCGCUGCAGAGACAACUGGGCCUCACGGUCCUGUGUGUGUGAGCCAGGUUACUUUGGGAGCGACUGUGUGGAUGCGUGCUUGCUGAACCCGUGUGAACACACAUCCAGCUGUGUGCGCAAGCCUCUCAGCAAACAUGGUUACACCUGUGAGUGUGGACACAACUACUACGGGCAGUACUGCCAGCACAGAGGAAACCAGCCGUGUCCUCGUGGAUGGUGGGGUUACCCAAGCUGUGGCCCAUGCAACUGUGAUGUGAACAAAGGUUUCAAAAGAGACUGCAACAAGACGACGGGUGUGUGCAGCUGCAAGGAUAAUUACUACCGGCUACCAGGAAGUGACACCUGUUCUGCGUGUGAGUGUUUCCACCUGGGAUCUAACUCUCGUACCUGCGACCCUGUGACUGGGCAGUGUCCGUGUAAAAUUGGGGUGGUGGGACGUCAGUGUAACCGCUGUGACAACCCCUUUGCUGAGGUGACCUCUAGCGGCUGUGUGGUGGUUUACGACAGUUGCCCUAAGGCCUUUGAUGCAGGCAUCUGGUGGCCCAGAACAAUGUUUGGUGGCCCUGCAGCAGCAAACUGCCCCAAAGGAUCUAGUGGCACAGCUGUUCGCCACUGCAGUGAUAAGGAGGGCUGGCUUCCCCCAGAGCUCUUCAACUGCACCUCUCUCACCUUCACCAAGCUCAGGAAAGAGAGUGAAGAGCUUCACGCCAACUCCUCCAGACUGGAUGUGGAGAGGUCAAAAAGCCUGGCGGCCAUGUUGCGCAGUGCCACAGAGAGCACAGAGCGACUGUAUGGGAGUGACGUGAGGACGGCGUACCAGCUGAUGAGCAGCAUCCUGCAGCAUGAAAGUCUGCAGCAGGGGUUCGACCUGUCUGCCACACAUCAUUCCACCUUUAAUGAGGACAUGGUAAGAGCAGGCAGUGCUAUCCUGGACCCGGUCAAUAAAGGUCACUGGGAGCAGAUCCAGCACUCAGACGGAGGCUGUGCUGACCUGCUGCAUCAUUUUGAGGAGUAUGCCAACACCUUGGUCCAGAACAUGAGGAAGACCUACCUGAAACCCUUCACCAUCGUCACAGACAACAUGAUUUUUGCGAUGGACAUUCUGGAUUCCUCCUCUCUGAGCCAGGCCGAGAUCCCUCACUUUCAGGAGAUAAAGGAGGUCUAUUCCAAAGAGCUGGAGUCCUCUGUGAUUUUCUCACACUUGUUUAUGAGGCCAGCAGGAAGCCAAGACAUUGCUACCACAGAACCUCCUGUACAGAGUGAUCCUUCAAUUCCACAUGUUGGUCCUGAAGGAACAGAAUCUCCCUCUCUCAUUGCUCCUGGGCCAUCAGCUAAGAAACGGCGACAUUCUGAGAUUGCAGAGUCUCCAAGUGUUGCAUUGGUGAUCAUCUACAGAUCUUUAGGCCAGCUUCUACCUGAGAACUACGACCCGGACCGGAGCACUCUUAGACUACCCACUCGUCCAGUUAUUAACAGCCCUGUAGUGAGUGUGAUAGCACACCAGGAGGGAGAGAGCACCUCUCCUCUACUACACACACCCAUCACACUGAUGUUCAGACUGCUGGAGACACAGGAGAGAACUAAACCUGUGUGUGUCUUCUGGAACCACUCUAUUCCGGUGGGCCGCUCAGGCUCCUGGUCCUCUAAAGGCUGUGAACUGGUCUUCAGGAACGCCACACACAUCAGCUGCCAGUGUAACCACAUGACCAGCUUUGCUGUCCUCAUGGAUAUCUCCAAAAGAGAGCACGGAGAUGUCCUGCCCCUGAAGGUGGUGACCUACACUACUGUCUCCUCCUCCCUGGUGGCCCUCCUCAUCACCUUCCUCCUUCUGGCUAUUCUGCGUAAACUGCGCUCCAACCUGCACAGCAUCCACAAAAACCUGGUGGCAGCCAUCUUCCUCUCUGAGCUCAUCUUCCUCACUGGCAUCAAUCAGACUGACAGCCCGUUUGUGUGUACAGUGGUGGCCAUUCUGCUGCAUUACUCCUAUAUGUGUACAUUCGCCUGGAUGUUCGUGGAGGGGCUGCACAUUUACCGUAUGCUGACAGAGAUGCGUAAUGUCAACCACGGCCAAAUGAGAUUCUAUUACGCCAUUGGCUGGGGCUUUCCUGCCAUCAUCACAGGUCUGGCAGUGGGAUUGGAUCCUCAGGGUUAUGGGAAUCCAGACUUCUGCUGGCUUUCUGUUCAUGACACUCUUAUCUGGAGCAUCACAGGACCCAUCUCCUUUGUAGUGCUGAUAAACAUUGUGAUAUUUGUACUGGCAGCGAAGGCUUCUUGUGGACGGAGAAGUCAGAGUGAGACAUCAGCAGCAAUCUCUGCCCUGCGUAUGGCUGUCCUGCUGUUGCUGCUCAUCAGUGCCACCUGGCUGCUCGGCCUGAUGGCUGUUAACAGUGAUGUACUCACCUUCCAUUACCUGUUCGCCAUCCUGAGCUGCCUGCAGGGUAUUUGCAUAUUUUUCUUUCACUGUAUCCUCAACAAAGAUGUGAGGACGAACCUGAAGAGUGUUUUGGGUGGGAAGAAGGUACCAGCGGAGGAGUCCUCUGCCACCCAUGCCACUCUGCUCACUCGCUCUUUCAACGGAAAUGCAUACACAGAGGAUGGCUGUCUGUACCGCACACCGAUCGGAGAGUCCACAGUGUCCCUGGAGAACUCAGCCAGAUCAGGCAAAAGCCACGGGAGCAGCUACAUCACCUACACACUCAGGGGUGAGCAGAAGUGCAGUGUCUCCCAGAGCAGCAGAAAAUCAAAAUGUGGUGGAGACUCUUCUUUAAUCUUCAAAAAGAGCAAGAGAAAAGAAGACUCUGAUUCAGACAGUGAACUCUCAGUGGAUGAGCACAGCAGCUCGUAUGCUUCAUCCCACUCGUCUGACAGUGAGGAAGAGAAGAAGAGAUCCAAGCCUAAGUGGAAUAACGAGAGGAGUCCAGUUCACAGCACUCCAAAAGUUGAUGCUCUGGCAAAUCACAUGAAGCCUUGCUGGUCAGUAGAGCACUCCAUAGCCAGUGAGAGGGAGGGGACGGGUGGCCUGGAUAAAUUACGGGUUCAUACCAAAGCCAGGGUGGAGCUCCAGCAGUCCAAUAAGCUCAAACCAAAUGGAGAUCUUUCACCAAGUGAAGGCCCUCCCAGUCAGCCAAGCAGCACACAGCUGCCCAGAAAAGGCAUUUUAAAGAACAAAAUCACAUACCCUCCUCCACUGACCGACAAGAACCUGAAGAACCGUUUGCGAGAGAAGCUGGGUGACUACAACUCCUCCACCAUUUCGUAUAAGAGUCCCUCAAUAGGAUCAAAUGAAGGCCUGCACUGUGGCACUGAGACUGACAGUAUAAUUAUUGAAGCCCCAGCGCUUCCACUCACCAACCCACUGAACACGGUCACAAUGGAGCCCAGCAAGAGUCCUGCGUUUGUGGAGGAAGACACAGGCUCAGAUGCAAGCAAUGAAACCUCAAUCUGAAGCUGAAAUGUAGCUGCUCAGGACCUUCGUAUUUGUGAAGGACAGCUACCAGCUGCAGAUCACUAUGCUCCUAUGGAGAACAGUAUUGCUUCAGAACUUUAUUCUGUCUGCAAAAGAAAAGGGGAAGAAAGUGGAAACUGUUACUUUAAACCAAGCUGGACGUAUAGAUCCUAACAUGCCACUCUACAGAGCUGACCAGGAUUUGUUAUUAAAAAAAUAAUAAUGUUGGGAUGAAUGUUUUGGAGUCAGCAACCCAACGUGGCAUUGUUCAUACUUGGUCUUGUCCUGGUCUGCCAUAAUUACAUAAUCAAGUUGCGACUGUCCCUGUAAAAAAAAAUCCUUUCACAGACUUAAUCAGUCUAAAAAAUGUAAGUAAUAUGUAUAGUAGGUCUUUUCCACUUCUGCUGUUUAUAGGAAUUUUGUAUAAUUGGUUGUAAUUUUCCCCUGUAAGAAUUUGCCAAUAUUGAAUGUUACUUAUGUUUGCUGUUACUUUUUUAUUUUAUUAUUAUUAUUUUGAACAUUGUGUUCUAUAUGACUGUGGACUGUUCCAGUGUUUUAGUGAAAUGAAGGAGUCCAACACUGGUUCAAACAUACUGUGAUGCUCUAAGGAACAAACAUUUAUUAUACUGGAUGCUGUUUUUCUACCUUUACACCUUUUUAUAAUGCACACCACACAGUGUUUUGAAGUUGAAUGUGUAGAACAUGCCUUAAUUUCAAUGUUUAUGUUACAUUUGUUAGAGGAAUGGGCAGUUCUCUGAUUCAUUUUCAAAGAGGAUAUUUGGCCUCUGCAAAACAAGAAGGAUAAAUGACCCCUCUUCCUUCAUUAUCUGCUUCAGGGAGCAUUUUAUGUUUGUUCAUCUCCUACUUUGUUUUGGUUGCUGUGGAUGUAAUGGCCAAAAUGUAACUGCAAAUCAGCUCAAGGCAAAGCCAGAUGACAGAGAGAAGUUUUUUUUUCCCAAUUGCAACAGUAUUUAAUUUUUUCAAGAGUUGAUUUUGGGUAAAUUAUGGCCAAAUAUUGUUAGUAAAAUGGAGGAGAAUAUAUGUGAGCAACAUGAUGUAAAACUGUAGGAACUGUAACAGGAAGGGGAAGUGACUAAGGGAUGUACGAGAAGGACUUUUUUUAAAAAAAAAAAAUUAAAAUCAUUUUUCACAUGUUUCUAAAGACAGUUUUCUUUGGUUUUUAAUCAGAGUUUUCUCAGUUUACUUCUAUUUGCUUAUAGGCAGUCAGACACUGGAUACAGAUGUGAAAGUUGUAAAUUCAUACAUUUGCACUGAAAUCAUAGUCUGUAAAUAAACAUCAUGAAAGUUUUUUAUAUAAA